AUGUCAAAAGUCCAACGCGUCCUGUUUAAAAGCCCUUCAGCGUUGACACUUCUUCAGUGCAAGGUCGACAACAUGAUCAAGUUCCUCAUUUUGGCUGGAUUUGUCGCCACAGUCGCGGGAAAAGCGACUUUCAUCAAUGCGAAGCCGUCGCCUCAAGACUUUGCCGACCUUGUAAAAACUUCUAAACUGGGGUUAUCUCCUUUCUGCUCAACCUGCGAACAGGUCAUCAACGCCAUCAAGGGGCCAUUGGAGGCUCUCACCGAACUCUCCAAAGAGGAGGUUGAAGCUGCUGUGGAGGUAUUCUUAUUGCGUUUACAGGAGAAGUUGUUUAUAAUAAGUGUGACGCUUAGAUUUUGAUGAAACUUGCGUGAAAUUUAGAGAUACUUUAGAAAGAUAUAUGAUCAGAAACGACCGAGAUUUUUAGGUAAAAAGUUGGCAAGAAUGUGACAUUUUUUUGCAAAUUUUGAUAUUAAAAAUUUCAUACCUUUUUCUACCCCAGCCGGUAAUGUCACCACCGAAAAUCAACUUUUCCCGCACGAAACCGGCAAAGAUAUGGACCAAAAACAUUUUUAUCUCUGGCCGCUCUGCCUUUCGCGUACACUCUCGUCUCAAAAAUCUUUGAAUAUCCCGGCUACGCCUAUAAAGCGCAAUCUAAAACUUUCAGUAAUUGAUAUGCAGCCUAAAGCCCAAAAAAAAUCUGAGCGUCGCACUUGAAAAUCGUUCCUUACUUUGCUUAAUUUUCCACUUGUUUUUCAGACCGCCUGUGACGAGGUUGUCGGCCCACUAGGCCCUGUUUGUGCCAGCUUCAUCGAUCGAGAGAUCGACGUGUUGUACAAGGUAAUCGAGCAAGAUGAAGACAACAUCAACGCGGAGGAAUGUUGCGCCGCAAUCAGCCUCUGCUGA